UUCAUUUUCCCGCAGAAAAUUGGGUGUCGAAUCUGUUCUAUAACCUCCGUUAUAUUUAUUACUAUUUAAAGAUCGAAGAUGUAUCUUUUAUGAUAAUUGUGAUUUAAUUCGUAAAAAUUGUCUAAGUGAUGUUGAGUAAGAUCAUUUAUGUUCUUGCGAUAAUUCUGUAGCGUUUUUAAAAAUUAAAUAUGGCCUCGAAUCGAGGAAUUCAGAUUGGAUCCGCGUGGUUUCAACGGAAGCUCAACUUGAGGCCGCAGCACCGGGGCGUGCACCUCGUUACGGAGGAGAUCCUAAAGCAGGUGCCCGAGUUGUCACAGUUUGCGGUCGGUCUCUGCCACAUCCAAAUAAUGCAUACAUCAGCAAGCCUUGCGCUUAACGAGAGCUGGGAUCCCGAUGUCAGAGACGACAUGGAAAUGAUGCUCAACAAAAUUGUGCCAGAAGGUCUUCCGUACCGCCACUCUUGCGAAGGCCCCGAUGACAUGCCUGCACACGUAAAAGCUUGCUUCCUGGGUUCGUCGCUGACGAUUCCAAUCACAGAUGGAAAGUUGAACUUGGGUACUUGGCAGGGAGUCUGGCUGUGUGAACAUCGGAACCAUGCUGGUAGCCGAAAGGUGGUGGUAACUCUUUCGGGUUGCCCGCGGGACUCCCCAUUGUCGCCGGUGUCGGCUGCGUCGUGUUCCAGUUAGGAGCGGGGGGGGGUCGCGACCCCCCACACGCAGUCCCAUUCGCGCCCCUCCUCUAAGAGCACGCGGAGGUAAUUCUUACGCGAACCACCUUUUAUAUUCACACCAAACCCUAGACGUUAGUUCUUACUCUUAUCUUCAAACGACAAUAUGUACAUAAGAUUAAUAUUUUGUAAUGCUCUGCAUGGCAGUUUGAGCAGACCUCUCUAGGUGGCCAUUAAGCGUGCCGAUUUCAUAGACAUGCCGUGUUGAAAGGAUGACCAAAUGAAGAGCAUGAUCACUGUAUAAUUUGCAAAACUUUUAUUAAUUGAACUUAAUACUUUAUUACUGUUGUUGUUUGUAUGCACAGGUUUUUGAGAUCUGUUUUUUUUAAGUGGUCAGAUAUAUUCAGUUUACUUCCAUGUCAAGGGUAGACCACGGAACCAAUAUAAGAGACGGUCGUCUAGGAAUUGAUAUUAUUUCCUUUUACUUUUUUAUUUUCCACAAAGUUUUUUUUUUUCUGUAGCGAAGUGCCAUGCAAAGACAAAUGCUAUUUAUGUUACGUUCAGUGAAAACGAACUGAACCAGUUUAAUUUGUACAUAAGGAUAGUGUGCAACAUUUUAAAAGUAUACAAUAUAAAAUUAAUUGUUGUUUUGUUACGGGAACAUGUCAAUAUGUAAAUAGAUCACGCUUGGACGUUGACAUUGCGCUUCGUAAGUUCGCUCGCCGAAGGGUCGAUGGCAUCUUCUUCUACCAUUACGAAUCGUAAUUCCGUUACGAGAUCUUUAUAUUUAUUUCUAUCGUAAGACUUUUUCACUAUUGCACUCGUUCAGAUUUUUUAAAUGCUCACGAGAAGUCACUAUGUUUUUAACAUCACACUGUUAGACGUUUUUACGAAGUCGACACUCAUUCUACUUCACCUUUGUAUGUAAUCGCACUGGUUAAAAAUCAGUUGUAAAUUUUAAGAACCGAAUGUAGAAUAUAUAUAGUUAAGUACUUUGUACGUCUACGAUAGCUCCCUUCUCUCUCCGUGUUAGGUUAAACUUUAUUAACGAUUAGAAUGUGAAAUAUGUCCAUAGCUUUAAAUGUGUCACACCCGUUGUAUCAACGGGUCCUUCACGGGACUACGAGCUAACAAAUAUACCACUAGUUAGAAGUAGUAUAUCAUUACAGUUAAGGUCAUGUAAGUGCCUCGGAUUUUCAUGGGGUGUUUUGUAUAAUUUGCGACUCGAUCCAAACGGACGCGUCGGCUUCCUCACGCGUUGCCUAACUGCUGUUUCCGAUAUUUCGUUACAUUUAUUCGUAUUUCUGUUCGCGAAGUGAACGCUUUUUUUACGUUUUUGAAUUUAUUACGAAAUAGAGAAACGUUUCUGUAUCAAUUAUGUCUAUUCAAAUGCGUAUAUGUAUAGAUGUUUGUCUUCCUAUGUAAGUACCAACGUCGAGAUUAGUGUAAUAUCGGAAUAGUGGUAAAUGUGAGCGGUAUUAAGGUAUAUCAACAUCACCUUAUCCGGCUACAUCAGUAUAACUUAGGUUACGUAUUGAGAAUAAUAACGAUAGAGGGCUUCGAUAACGAACUUUGGGCAAUAUAGUUUAAUAACCAAUAAUAUAGAGUAAAUGGAAUAAUUGGUAGCGGAUGUCUUUUUAUAUGGAUUGAAAUGUAGCACGAAUUAUAUUAGCGAAUGGUGGUUCAUAAGUCUGUUUGAAUAAUUUUAAUUACAUUCCGAUUAACUACACGUUUUGUCACAUUCCAGUAGAAAAGAAGCUGGACUUUGUUCACAGUGCUUGAAAGUGUUCUAUUUGCAUUUUUACACGGUAAUAUUCCAAGGGAGCUUGUACUGCACAAUCACGUUUGAUCUAGUUAGGAGUUAAAAUUAUAAAAUGUAGACUACAGAUAAUAAGGUCAUUUGAGAGGUGCUGGCUGUCGGAGAUCUGGUUUUCGAGAGUGCAAUUAGAUCAACUACGAUAAAAGAAUUUACAUAGAUAGAAUUAGAAGCUCAGCUGGUUUUAUUUAUCGUAGGAACUUCACUGGCGCUGGCGCCUUUAUCCUGCAAAGCAGGCUGUUUUGUCUUAAUUGUCAUAUUGACCUUCGAUGCCCUUGAAGCUUAUUUCAAUAUAUUAUGAGACCAGUUUUUUGCAUUACAUUUAACAAUUAAGAUAAAUCAUGAAAAUACUUCAUUUUAUAAUAUUUUGAUUGUUAGGAAAAGUAAAGCUCAUAGAAGUUCAAUAUCAAAGAGAUGGCAAUUAAUCUGGUUUAAGUUUUGCAGUUCGUUUGGUUAUUGAGCUAGCACUAAGGAAUCAUACGCACAAGCACGAGCAGUCAGCGCCGUACGGUCGUUUCGAUUCGCAUUGUAUAGUGUAGAUGUCACAGACAUAAAAAGUAUUGUCUCAUGGACAACUUAGUAUUAAUUCACUUUAAAACUUGUUAUUUAUUGAUUGAGCUGUUAUUAUUGAAGUACUUGCUUAUGCUUUCUAAAAAACUCAUUCGCUAAAUACACAAUAUGGUCAGAUUUAAACAACACAAAAAGCAUGUUUUGUGUUUACUAAAGUCACUUUUUUUUUAACAUUUUGCAUUUCAUUUAACACUGCUUUUUAUAUUACUUAUACAUACAAUACUUUCACUCGGAUAGAGUUUUGAUGUCGGUAUUGGAACGGUUAUUAAGUGCUUUUUAAUAAAAUUCAUCCAAUGUUUGUAAAUAUUUUUUUUUGCAUUAUAUAGUGUAUUGUGUACAUUUAUUCGUGUACAUAUAAUGUAUCAUGUAAAAAAUGUUCAAGUGCUAUUUAUUUGUCUAUGAAUGUUAGGUAAGCCACUGCCAUUGAAAACUUGUCUCUGUAAUGUAAAGUUAUUGUUUGGUUUUUUAAUAUGAAAUAGAGUUGGUCACUGUCAAUUCCAUGAAUUUGUAUUGUAAGUGAUUGAUCAUAAAAACUAAUAGAUUUAUUAAGUUUUCCAAUGAAUAUUGUAAAGCCAAUGGUUCAUACAAGACAUUCCAUUAUUUUAAUAAUUGGUUUCAACCUACCUGGGGUGUUAUGCUAAUAUCAUUUGCGUUAUUGUGUGAUCCCACUUUAGGCUGUUUAAUUACAACGAAUGUUAGUUUUACCUCUGUAGUUUUUUUAAUUGUCACUCGUGCUUCUAGUGAUGGCCCAAUUUAAUAAUUUUCGAUCAAUGUACAAUCAUCAUUUUACUAUGUAUAUUGUGUAAUCAUUUUAAAACCUUUAAGUACACAUUCCAGUACAUAGCUUUAAUUGUAUAUUGCAUUUGUUAAAAUUAAAUUGGAUAGAGCCAAAGAUGUAAACUUGUCAUAAACCAUAGAAAGCGUUCAAGCUGAUGUAAAUACAUGGCUUAUAAAAUUUAGUUUUAAAGAAUGUGAUUGGAAAUAGUACUGUCUAUUAUAUUAACGUUUAAUAUAUAAUAAUACAAAAUUCAAAAAAACACAAAAAGCCAA